AUGGGUAAGGAAUAUGUUGUAAAGUGUUUGCAUCUUGGCACUGCUUUUGCUGAUUCGGGCGCUGGUUCGACCCUUGUGGCUGGUCCCACAAUGUCUCCGUUGAAUCCCGCGGCAAGUGGAGCGGUGGCGGCAAGUUCGGCAGCCAGCGGCGGUAUUGCUGCAGCAGUGGUCACGGUUAUCGGGCGGCCGUUGCCGACACUCAGUGAAACUACGACAGCUUUCACAAAUGUUAGCAGCACCAACAGCAGCCCAGAAAAAGGAAGUCUUGGUAAUGGCAUAGAACCAGAAGCAAUUACAGCAGAUUACAGCCAGCAGUACGGGCAACAGUACCAGAAGUACCAACAGCGGGUUAUCAAACGGAAGUCGAGAGACGCAGCAGACUCGAAGCGAGAGCGGAAAGCUGCCAAAACUUUAGUGAUUAUCACUGGCGCCUUUGUGUUCUGCUGGUUGCCGUUCUUUGUGCUGGCCAUCAUAAUGUCCACAUGCUCCACGUGUGAUUUAAGCCCGUACUUGAUGUCGCUAAUGAUAUGGCUCGGAUACUUCAACUCGACUCUGAAUCCUAUAAUUUAUACGAUUUUCAGUCCGGAGUUCAGGCACGCUUUCAAGCGUCUCUUGUGCGGGAAGAGGUACGGCAUGCGUCGAAGAAGACGCCACUUGGGCAUCAUGAGGCAGCAAUAACGAAG